AUGAAUAAGCAAGACGAAUCAACCGCUGAUGAGGCGAAGCCCGAAGUAAUCACAUUUUGUAAUGGUACUAAGCGUGGAGUGGAUACUGUUGACCAGGCGCCUCGCCAACAGCCAGUUAUGGUUGAUUCAAACGAUGAUGGAACAGUCGCCCAGGAACUGGAACUAGAGCAAAUGAGGAGUACAUUGGAGGAGGCCAUUGUGGAAACGCGCAGUACGCCUGUCGAAAAUCGACCGCGGCUUCCCCGUUUAGCCCUAAGCAAGCGCAAUCGGGCUGUCCUGAGGGCUCUGAACUCAAUGCUGGUUACCUAUUUGGAAGCCAGCCGGGACCUUUGCGAGACGGACUCAAUUCUUUUUGGCGCCGCACUGGCAGUCUGCCGUAUUAUAGGCGCCAAACUUUCCACGGCUGGACGCGCUACUGGACAAAGUAGUGCUAUCCCAGCCUGGAGAAUAAGAAUUGAAGAACGUAUCGCAAAGGCUAGGGCCCUCAUCGGCAGAAUGAUAUGCUUCAGGUCAGGCAAUACCAGGCCAAGGAUUGUGCGCACCGUCAGGAUGGCGUUUGCUGGGACAAAUGUUAGUUUGUCCCAGCCGGAUAUAAUGCAAAAACUGACGGAGCGCAUAGACGACCUGAAGCAAAGAAUCGCUGCUUGGGGAAAGCGGAUUCGGCGAUAUACCGAGAGGUCGACACGGUUCAAUCAGAAUCGUCUCUUCCAGAGUGAUCAGAAGAGGCUCUACAAAUCAUUGGAGCGACCAAUAGUAAGUGGAACGGGCCCAGCACCAAAUCAGGCCGACACUGUCGCAUUCUGGCGCAGGCUGUGGUCAGAGCCCGUAAACCACAACGAGGGCCCUUGGACGGAAGUUGUGACGAGUCAGUGUGUGGGUAUUACUCCCAUGAACCCCGUCAUCAUAACGCCGGAUGACGUAGCUGAGGCGGUCCGUAGGGCCCCGAACUGGAAAGGUCCGGGGCUUGACGGGCUGCAUCACUACUGGCUGAAGAGGUUCAUG